CAUCUUCAUAUCGUAUCGAACGUCUCUACUUUCUUCUUCAUCAAAAAUUUGUAAAUAAAUAAAUCGUGAACCUGUAAAGUUUGCUUUAUGCGAUUUUUUUUUCCAUACAUGACAAAUAUAUGAGAUUUAUAUAAAUCUUAUGAUGAUAUGUACUGGUCUCUUUUUAAAAAAAAUUACUAACUUGCCCAGAGGAAAAUAUUUUUCUUAAAGUUAGAUUAUUCUAUACAGUGAAGCUAAUUCAUUUUUACUAUUUAUAUAUUUAAAUGUUUUGAUGCUGAUUGGAAUUAUUCCUGCUUUCCUGUUAUUGAUUGGAUUCAUGUCGGCUGGGGUGUUUGCAUUCUAAAUUAGGGGUUAAUGCUGUACCCCAAUCUGGAAGUGAAACAUUACGAGCAAAUGAAAAGAAACCAAAAAGCAGAACAAUGGAUGGUCAAGAAUCUUUACUCAAUGUUCCAAUGUCAGCUUCAGCCACAAGCUCUGCGGGUAGAAAUAAGGUAGCACUGAAACCAGGGAGAUCACUAAUGGAUUGGAUAAGAUUUGCUAAUUCAUCUAAAGAUUUAUCUUCUACUGGAGGUAAAAUUCUUGAAGUCUCACCUCGUGAACUUGCAAAGCAUAAUUCUUCAAAUGAUGCUUGGAUUGCUAUCAGAGGAAAAGUUUAUAAUGUCACUCAUUAUCUCGAAUAUCAUCCUGGUGGUGAAGAUGAACUUAUGAGAGGAGUUGGAAAAGAUGCAACUGACCUGUUUAACCAGGUUCAUCGAUGGGUAAAUGCAGAAAGUAUGCUUCAGAAAUGUUUUGUGGGUAUUCUAAAAACACCAUGGACUAUUGAAGUUCCGAAAUUGUUUCAAAUGAAGCAUCUAAAGUUUAAAUCAUCAAAGAAACUGUCUACAGGAGACUCGAGUGUUAUGAUUGAAUGUGACAAUUCCGAAGAGGUGAAUAAUAAGAGCUUCCAAGUCAAAUCUCAGUGGUCUAUUUCACCAUUACCAGAAUCAGAUUCAAAGGAGGUUUCCAUCAGAUCUGAUGACCAAAAGGAUUCAUUAAAGUUGCUUAUUAGUUGUUCUAGUAUACAAAAACAAGGUUUAAUUACAGAUUUGGUUGAAAAAGAUCUAUUUAUUAAAAUCAAUAAUUCUCAUUCCUUCCUUUUAAAUAUUGCUCUUGCUACCAAAUAUCAAGAUCAUUAUAAAGUUGUAGUAAAUGAUCACUCAAAUAUGGAAUUUUUAUUUAAGAAGCUCACACUAGAAGAUUUUAGUUCCAAAAGUCUUUCUUCCAAUUCUGAUGAAAAAAAGAUAAAAUUUUCUGUUUGCACUUCAAUUGAUGAAUUUGUUUACUGGUCAUGCAAGCUGAUAAGUAAAACAUCUAUCAACCAUGAUACUCUUUUAUUCACAUUUCUUCUCCCACCUGGAACAAAAAUGUGGAUCCCUAUUGGCCGGCAUGUGCAAAUAAAACUAAAUAUUGAAGGUACAGAUGUUAUCAGAAAUUAUACUCCUGUGUGCUCAACACUGAACCCCAACUGCAAUAUCAGUAGUGCUUUAGAUGGAAGCAAAAUUAUAUUAAUGAUUAAAAUAUAUGCUGCAGGAAUGUUAACUCCCCUUUUAAACAAAUUUAGUUUAGGUGAUAGUGUCUAUGUCAGUAAUUACAUGGGUAGUUUUCCUGAGACUUUUAUUGAAAACUGUGAUUGCAUAGUCAUGCUUGCUGCUGGGACAGGAAUCACUCCAAUGAUCCGAAUAAUACAGUGGGCUGUUGCAGAUGAGGAUGUCAAACGAUCACUGCACCUGCUGUUUUUUAAUAAAACUGAAGAUGAUAUAUUAUGGAGAAAGGAACUUGAAGAUUGUAGAUUAUCAUAUGAAGAAUUUCAGAUUGAUCACAUACUUUCAGUACCUAAUAAAGAGUGGAAUGGAUGCAGUGGCCAAAUAAAUAGAGAUAUUCUUUCACAAUUGAUAAAAGUUAAUCCUGCCCAUACUAAACAACGAUUUUUAAUUUGUGGUCCACUUCCUUUUAGUCAAACAGCUUUAAGUUGCUUAAAGGAAAUGGGUUAUAGUCAAGAUGAUAUUUAUACAUUUACUGGCUCAUAAUUAUAUCUAAUUUUAACCGCAAAUUUUGUGUGUAAUUAAUUUUAAGAUGUUGUAUAUCUUCAAAUGAAUGAAUAAAGGUAUUGAUGUUUUUUC